AUGACAGCAUAUUGCGUAUAUAUCCUGGUGUUUGUGGUCAAAUCUAAGAGCCAAUCAGCUCUCCGUGACGACAGCGAGGCGUUUCCCAUCAUGCACGACAUCCAACUGCGCAUGCGUCGUUCAAAAAUGGAGUCCGACGAGCCUCCGGUGUCGGUCUCCGUGUCUCCGGGAGAAAAGAUGAGGCUGUUGGUGAAGCAGCGAGUCCACGCGGCCGUUGAAGAGUCUUCUGGGCUGUUGGACACAUUGACAGCAGCUUAUGAGGACACCGUGUCUCAGCUCAGAGAACACGAGCGACACGCAUCAGACGUCCAGCAGCUGUUGGUGGUUAAAGAAGAGGUUCUUUCUGAGCACCAGGUCUGGAUCUCCAGUCUGGACCAGAUGCAUCCAGAGCCCCCGCUAGUUAAAGAGGAACAAGAGAACUCAGAGCCCCCCCACAUUAAAGAGGAACAGGAGGAACUCUUGACCACUCAGGAGGGAGAGCAGCUUCAAGGGCUGGAGGAGGCUGGUCUCAAGUUCUCAUUAACUCCUGUGAAGAGUGAAGCUGAAGAGGAAGCUCAGUCCUCUCAGCUUCAUCAAAGACAAACUGAACAGAUGGAAAUAGAAGCUGAUGGAGAUGAUUGGGGAGGACCAGAACCAGCCAGGAACGCAGAUCCAGAUAGACCUCCGGAUCCUGAUGAAAGGACUGGAGACUCUUCAGAACCAGAUACUGAUGAGGACUCUUCUGAACCAGAUACUGAUGACUCUGUUGAUUGGAAAAAGACCAGAGAACCAGGUUUAAACUCUCUGAAUAAUGAUGAAGUUUCUGUCAGUGAUUCAAAAUGUAGUUCUAGUGAGAAACCAUUAAGCUGCUCUAAAUGUGGGAAAAGAUUUCACCUCAAAGGAGAUUUUAAGAAACACAUGUUAUCUCACACAGAAGAGAAAUCGUUCAGCUGCUCAGUCUGUAAAAGAUCUUUUACACAGAGAGGAAGUUUAAAGAGACAUAUGUUAACUCACACAGGAGAGAAACCAUUCAGCUGCACACUCUGUAAAACAUCUUUUACACGGAGGAGAACUUUGAAGAGUCACAUGUUAACUCACACAGGAGAGAAACCUUUCAGCUGCUCAGUCUGUAAAACAUGUUUUGCACACAGUGGAACUUUAAAGAGUCACAUGUUAACUCACACAGGAGAGAAACCUUUCAGCUGCUCACUCUGUGAAACAUCUUUUAAAGAGAGAGGAACUUUGAAGAGUCACAUGUUAACGCACACAGGAGACAAACCUUUCAGCUGCUCACUCUGUGAAACAUCUUUUACACGGAGGAGAACUUUGAAGAGUCACAUGUUAACUCACACAGGAGAGAAACCGUUCAGCUGCUCAGUCUGUAAAAGAUGUUUUGCACACAGUGGAACUUUAAAGAGUCACAUUUUAACUCACACAGGAGAGAAACCGUUCAGCUGCUCAGUCUGUCAAAGAUCUUUUACAGAGAGAGGAACUUUGAAGAGUCACAUGUUAACUCACACAGGAGAGAAACCGUUCAGCUGCUCACUCUGUAAAACAUCUUUUCCACGGAGGAGAACUUUGAGGAGUCACAUGUUAACUCACACAGGAGAGAAACCGUUCAGCUGCUCAGUCUGUAAAACAUCUUUUACAGAGAGAGGAACUUUGAAGAGUCACAUGUUAACUCACGCAAGAGAGAAACUUUUCAGCUGCUCAGUCUGUAAAACAUCUUUUACACAGAGAGGAAAUUUUAAGAUACACAUGUUAACUCACACAGGAGAGAAAUCGUUCAGCUGCUCAGUCUGUAAAAGAUCUUUUACACAGAGAGGAAGUUUAAAGAGACACAUGUUAACUCACACAGGAGAGAAACCUUUCAGCUGCUCAGUCUGUAAAACAUGUUUUGCACACAGUGGAACUUUAAAGAGUCACAUGUUAACUCACACAGGAGAGAAACCUUUUAGCUGUUCAGUCUGUAAAACAUCUUUUCCAGAGAAGGGUCAUUUAAAGAGUCACAUGUUAACUCACACAGGAGAGAAACCUUUCAGCUGCUCGGUCUGUAAAACAUCUUUUGCACGGAGCAGUCAUUUAAAGAGUCACAUGUUAACUCACACAGGAGAGAAACCUUUCAGCUGCUCGGUCUGUAAAACAUCUUUUGCACGGAGUGGUCAUUUAAAGAGACACAUGUUAACUCACACAAGAGAGAACUCAUUUUAGUUGUUCUGGUUUUGGUAAAGUUGACAUUUAUUCCACUCCCUCACUUGUCAACAAGACCUUGAGAAACUAGAACUCCCUCGUUUGGGGCAGUGACACACUUCCAACUGGGAGGACUCUAUCCACUAAGGGCUCGAACACACCAGACGCGACUCUAAAAAGUGCAGCCGCACCAAAAAUGCCUUGUCAAAAACCUGCCGGGCAAAACAGCGCAGUGCGCCUGUGGAGCGGACCUGCGUGCGCAACCAACCAUUGAUUUUGGGUUCAAUAUAUUUUGAAAAAAAGAAAGGAAAGAGUAUGGCGAACACCACCAUCUGUUCCAUGAGUUGUGUCUCGAUGGCGAAGCUUUCAGUUGCACUUCCGACCGAGCAGAAGUCAGUUUGAGUCGUGUUUAGAUUUAGAAUUAUAAAGAUCUUCGCAAUUAAAUACCGCUAAUAUAAUAUAUAAUAUGAGGUUCUCCUCGGGAAAACAUGAAGGAAAGCCUCCUGCUUGAUUUGAUUGGCUGCAUUGGCCGAGUGUGACAUUGAUGAGCUGUGCACCUCUGCGCCUCGUGCUUAAAGUUGAGAAUAUUUCUACUUUUAAGCGCGCCUGAAAAACGCAAGAAACCUGCGCCGCGUGGCAUUUAAAAGGCACGUCUGAAAGUCGCGUUGUACCAUAGUGAAUCAAUGGUUUUGCGGGCGACGCGUUUUUGAGAGGCGCGUCUGGUGUGUUCGAGCCCUAACCACUACGAAGCCAUCUCCACGAAGAGAAUAUUAUAUAAGCAAAGAAGUCACCGUGUUUGUUUUGUUUAGCUUUAUUUGCUCUGUUAUUUGUCAUCGGGUAUUUUAUGAACCCCUGAGUCUUCCUGUUGUGCUUGUAGCUGCUGUCAUAGUGAUCCAGUCUGCUGAGCUUUGUUGAGUUGAGACCCUCCACCAAGAAUAUGUCAGCAGACUGUAUUUCAUCAGUUAUCGGUCCAGUUACGCGGCUUUCGUGUGAUACAGUUACUGUACUUUACUGCUGCGGUGAGGAUCUGCCUUGUUUGGAGUGUUUUCAUCUUAUUUUUGCUUCCAUCCACUCUCAUCCGCUUAGUCAGGGGUCGGGUCUUGGGGGCAGCAGACCCAGCAGGUUGACCCAGACUUCCCUCACCCGCAACAUUUUCCAGCUCUUUCUGGGGGAUCCUGAGGCGUACAGGCCAGCAGCAAGAUGUAAUCCCUCCAGCGUGUCCUGGGUCUUCCCCGGGGUCUCCUCCCAGUUGGACGUACUUGGUAAACCUCUAAAGAGAGACGUCCAGGAGGCGUCCGAAUCAGAUGCCCGAACCACCUCAGCUCAAAGUACAGUCGCUUCGGAGGAAGGGAAACUCAGACAGUCGUUGUUUUUGUGAGGUAAAAUGGCGCAGAAAAGAGUUCAUCUGAUCGACAUUGUAUCUGUUAUCUGUUACCUCUGCUUAAUGGAUUAUCAGAACGAUUGUAACACAGUCUCAGCUGUAGCAGAAAAGACCGGGGGGCAGAGAGAGCUGGAGGGGAUUCGACACAACAUCCAUCAGAGAAUCCAGGACCGAGAGAAAGACCUGAAGCUGCUCUAUCAGGAGGUGGAGGCCCUCUACCUCUCUUCUGAUAAAACAGUGCAGGAUAUUGAGAAGAUCUUCACUGAGCUGAUCCGGCUCAUGGAGAACAAAUGCUCUGAUGUGAAGCAGCAGGUCAGAUCCCAGCAGAGAACUGAAGUGAGUAGAGUCAAAGAGCUUUAGGAGAAGCUGGAGCAGGAGAUCACUGAGCUGAAGAGGAACGACGCUGAGCUGAAGCUGCUGCCACACACACAGGAUCUCAAGCCGUUUCUACUCAGCCACCCCUCACUGUCACCACUCGCUGACUCUACAUACUCGUCCAGCUUCAUCAUCCAUCCUCUGAGAUACUUUGAGGACGUGACGGCGGCUGUUUCAGAAGUCAGAGAUAAACUACAGGAUGUCCUGAGAAAGAAAUGGACAGAUGUCUUACUGAUGGUGACUGACGUGGAUGUGUUAUUGUAUGAAGCAGAGCCCAAGACCAGAGCUGGAUUCUUAAGGUAUUCACGGGAAAUCACUCUGGAUCCGAACACAGUACACACAUGGCUGGCAUUAUCUAAUGAGGACAGAAAAGCAUCAUUUAUGAGAAAAGAACAGUCGUAUUCUAGUCACCCAGACAGGUUCACUAGAUGUCGGCAGGUCCUGAGUAGAGAGAGUCUGACUGGACGUGGUUACUGGGAGCUGGAGUGGAGCGGAGGAGAAGGAAGAGGAGGAGGAGUUCAUGUAGCCCUCUCAUACAAGAAUAUCAUCAGAACAGAGGUCGGGGAUGAAUCUCUGUUUGGAUGGAAUAACAAAUCUUGGGUUUUAGAUUGUUACAAUAACGGUUAUAACUUUCGCCACAACAGAAUCUACAGUUCCGUCUCUGGUCCUCAGUCCUCCAGAUUAGGAGUGUACCUGAAUCACAGAGCAGGUAUUCUGUCCUUCUACAGCAUCUCUGAAACCAUGACCCUCCUCCACAGAGUCCAGACCACAUUCACUCAGCCUCUCUAUGCUGGACUUAGAAUGAGUCAUUUUGGAGCCUCUGCUGAGUUCUUUCAACCGAACUAGACAGAAGUGAGUUCAGGGACAGCUGUUUAAAGUCUGUGUUUUAAGUCUUAAACUUAUUUUGUUUCCAUCAUUGUCGCUGAGCAGACUUUUCUUCACCUGUCAAUCAAACCUUGUGGGCGGGACUUGUACAUCUUCUCCUUAUUGUUGUGUAGAUGUCUGAGUUCCUGUAGGUGGCGCUCCUUCCUGUGUGUGUUUAUCCAUGGAGGCUCUCACUGCUCAUGAUGCUCUUUGUUUACCUGAACUCAUAUUUAUCUGCAUGAACAUUUAAACUUCUCUGAGCUCUAAAUGUCUGAUGAAUAUUCAUAUUGGUGCUUUUAUAUUGUUGUUUCUCUUCUUCUGCAUGUUUCUGAAGAGAGAAAGCACCAGACCUUCAUUUAUCAAGAUGUUUUCGUCAUUUGUAAUCUGAGAACAACAUUAAUGUUAACAUGACUAAUAAACAAACAUGAACAAAG